AAACGAGAAUGUAAAUGAAAUCAAAAGUAUUUUGUUUCUGCAAACCUUAUCUUGUGUUUUGUGUUAUCUACUUUGUAGACAGUCAAUUUCAAAGGAUGUGAAAUAUUACGAGUUAUUUUAUGACAAAGGUUUUAGCAAGUUCAGUUAAAUAUUGCAGUGAUUUGUUUAUAGUGUUUAUUAGAUAUUAGAAAGUGUUAUCAUCGCUUAAUAAUUAUUUAAUCAUAUUUUUGAUUAUAGUUCUAAUAUGCGAUAGUUGCAUUGUUACUUUGAAACGAUUGGGCAAAUGCUUUAGAAAAUAGUGAACAAAAUAUAAAGAACAAUAUGUCAAGCUGUUGGAGAGCUAUAACCAGAAAAAAAGUGUUAGAUCCAAACCAAACAGAGCAAACACAACUUGCAAGGGUUUUGAAUACUUUUGAUCUUACUGCACUUGGUGUUGGAAGUACUUUAGGUGUAGGAGUUUAUGUUUUGGCUGGUCAUGUUGCACGAGAUACUGCAGGACCUUCUGUUGUUUUGUCAUUCUUUAUUGCAGCUAUAGCAUCAGUGUUUGCAGGCUUGUGUUAUGCAGAAUUUGGAGCAAGAACACCAAAAGCUGGUUCAGCUUACAUUUAUAGUUAUGUGUCCAUUGGAGAACUGGUUGCUUUUAUUAUAGGAUGGAACCUCAUUUUAGAAUAUGUUAUAGGAUCUGCCAGUGUAGCCAGGGGUUUGAGUGUUUAUUUGGACACUUUAAUAAAUAAUACAAUGCAGGACUGUUUUAGAGAAAUUACACCUAUCAAUGUUAACUACAUGUCAUCUUAUUUUGAUUUUUUUGCUUUUGGUUUAUCAGUAUUCUUAGCAGUUGCCCUGGCAUUUGGUUUAAGAGAAAGCAGUAUUAUAAACAAUAUAGUCACAUCUUUAAAUAUUGGUGUAGUACUAUUUGUUAUUAUUGCUGGAUCUAUCAAAGCAAAUCCGGAAAAUUGGAAAGUAGCAUCAAAUACUUCAGAUCCAAGUAUAGAGAAUGGCGGUUUUUUCCCAUUUGGAAUUGAAGGAAUGAUAAAAGGAGCUGCAACAUGCUUCUAUGGGUUUGUUGGAUUUGAUUGUAUAGCAACAACUGGCGAAGAAGUAAAAAAUCCCCAAAAGGCUAUUCCCAUUGCUAUAAUUUCAUCUCUAGCUAUAAUAUUCUUAGCCUAUUUUGGUACGGCAACAGUGAUUACAAUGAUGGUUCCUUAUUAUUUACAAGAUAUAAAUGCUCCAAUUCCGCAUGCAUUUGAGGAAGUUGGGUGGUCGGUCGCCAAAUGGAUUGUGGCCGUUGGUGGGAUGUUUGGUUUAUUUGCCAGUUUGUUUGGGGCAUUAUUUCCAUUGCCCAGAAUAAUUUAUGCAAUGGCCUCUGAUGGAAUAAUUUUCAAAUUUUUGGGAAAGGUAAAUGCACGAUUUAAAACCCCAGUCGUGGGAACAUUACUAGCGGGUUUAUUAACAGGACUAAUGGCCGCUCUCUUUGAACUAAAACAGCUUGUCAGUAUGAUGUCUAUUGGGACGCUUUUGGCUUAUACUUUAGUUGCAGCCUGUGUAUUAAUCUUAAGAUAUCAAAGAGAUGAGGAGUCUUUUCAGAAUAUUGCUCCUCCCUUAGAAGGGUAUACUGAAAAUCAGAAUUUCGAAAGAAGCUCUGAAAACCUUGUCUCGCAAGAUGAUUCAAUUUUAAUCUUCCAAAAAGUUACUUUUAGUGGUUUCAUGAAACAGAUUUUUAAUAUACACGACAUUAAAUUUCCCACCAAAACCUCUGAAUUGCUUGUAUCAAUAGAAGUAUUUUUAUUUUGUGUAUUUAGUUUACUUCUGGGAAUGUGUGCAAUUUAUUUGAUUAACCCUAUAUCCCAUGGUAAAUUAUGGGCAAUCAUUUUAACUUCAAUCGUUGGCUUGUUUCUGCUACUUUUGUUGUUAUCACUUAGUUUACAACCAGUGUCGCACAAAGAAUUACGUUUUAAGGUCCCUCUCGUUCCUCUGAUACCGGCACUCAGUAUUGUGAUUAAUGUCUACCUAAUGUUGAUGUUAGACGCCGUCACUUGGAUUCGUUUCGCCGUGUGGAUGGCUGUGGGCAUGCCUAUGUACUUCAUUUCUAUAUUCAGCUGUAGUAGUGAUGCUAACCAAUUUUCCGUUAAGUACGCUAACAAUUUAACGCAUGUUGAAACGAAUCAUAACAGCAACAAACAGAACGGAUAUGUGAAUAAAAAUUUCGCGAUAGAAGAGGAAAAACCCGAGAUGCUGAAAACCAAUGGUGGUACUGUCGGUUUAUAUAUCCAAAAUGGAGACGCCAAGAUAUACGAGAAUUAUGUUAGAGGAGAAAGCUUUGUAAAGAAGCGGAUUAAACCCAAAGCCCCUUCACCACCUUCUCCUUCGCACGAAGAAAAAUCUGUAGAGCAAAACCUUUUUGUAAAAAAAGAAAAUACAAAUAAUUCCGAGACUACAAGCGUUAGUCACGUAUUAGCUAUUUUAGACGAAAUAAUUUUAAAAGAAGAAGAAAACCAAGAAACGUUAUCAAAUCAUGAAGAUGAAAAGGCAUCAGAAACUACUUUGGAAAGAAACUCUUCAUUUGAUAGCGUUUCAUUGGCAUCAAACAUUUAUCGAGAAGAGUCAGUGGUUGCUUUGGUACAUCAAGAAGACACCAACAGUAUAAAGGUUGAAAAUGAAGAGGGCAGCUUAAAAGUAACGUUAGAAAACGAGUCAGAAUCAAAUGAUAGCAAUAUUGAAAAUAAAUUAGCAGAAUCUAACGAAAAUGUUCCUGCAGUUGAAAUAAAAACGGAUGAAAAUGAAAUUCAAAAAGUUAAAGAACAACUUCAGGAAAUUGAAUAUCCUACAAUUGCAGAUAUUCCUAAUAAAGUGAACGAAGAAAAUGAACCAUUAAACAUACCUCCACCACCUCCGCUUAAUAUGGAAUUGUUCGAGAAAGACUUCAAAACUGUACCUAGAAUUCCUCGUGUUACUAUAAAGCACGAAAGUUCCUUUUCAACAGUGUCAACUGUGAAAUCACAAGAAAACAAAGUUAAUGUAGAAGAAUUAGCAGAUGAAAUCCAAAAGAGAAACUUGGUCAAUAGCUCCAAAGAAAACAUUACCAUAAAAAUACCACCUGUAGAUUAUGACAAUUUAGAAAUGAUUAGUAAUGGAACUGCAGAUGAAAAUUCCAAUGAAAAUUCAAAAAUUGACGAUAACGUUACGUUUGGAAGUGAACAGCAUAGAAAUAUUUCUUCAAAAUUGGAAAAGUUAUUUAGUCAAACAUUGGGCAUUCCACCUCCUAAAAAAUUAACAAAACCAGAAAUACCUCAAGAAAAUGAUAUUAAUGUAACGUCGCCUUAUACUAGUUUGGAAUAUGAUGACCAAACACCUAUUGAACAACUUCCUGUUUUUAAAAGGGGCACUACAAAAUCUUCUGACGAAGAAGUAGAUUUUAAAACGAGACUGAGCGAUAUUCUCCUUCGCAGAUCUGUGCGACCAUCUUCAGAAACACACGUAAACGGUUUAGUUGUACAACCGAAAAAAGAUAUCGUUGAAAAUGAAACAAAAGAGCCAUUACAAAACGGUCAAAUUAAGAAUGAAAACUACGUUUCAGAGCAGAUAAUGCAUAGGGAAAAAAUGAACGAUGCUUUUAAAAGUAUUAGAUUAAGGAAGGUCGACAGUUUCAAAAAUACUUGAUCGUGUUAAUAGACUAGAUACGUAAUUAAGCUCUUACUGUACACCAACCAUUUCCCCCAAAAUAAAUAUUUUUGACUGAUACUAUAAAAUUUAAUGGAAUUUAUUUUUUUUUAAUUAGAAGACAACUUGUAAUUUCUGGUUUAUAUAAAAAUAUUGUUAACUGGUUACGUAGUUACUCAAUGUGUGAUCUGUGC